AUGUCAAAGCUCAGCAAGUUCUCGCAAGAGGAGAAACAGCGUGGCCUUAACACCAUGGUAGACUACGCCUCUUCGGCAAUUCAGAACAGAGCUCGAGCCCUGAUCGACGUCCAGAGGCGCAAGCGACAUAUUGACGAGACCACCGAUGCUCUCAGUCAGCUGGCAAGCAUCAAAUCGGCUGAUGGGACUCCUGUGGCUGAUCCCGAGACGGACUACAAAGUCUUGACGCUCGAUGAUGCCGAGUCACUCUUGCUCAUGGCUGGGAUAAGAAAGCCUGGUGAAGGACGCGGUGACGAGAGGAUCCCGCAUUACCACAACUGGGACGCCAACACCGCCAGUCAAUGGUCCAAACGUAUUCAUCAACUCUCUGAUAAUUUGGAAGCUCGAAGAAGCAUGUAUGUCAUGGGAAAUGACCAGUCUGGGAACACGAUCAAAGGGGCAAUCAGCGCGUUCGCAGAUGUCCUCCACGAAGUCUCUGUCGUCAACGAUCAUGAACAUGACUUUAAAUUCAAGGAAGCUUUGGGCUUUGGAAGAGCGCGACAUAUGGCAGACGGAUUGAGAAGCCAUCUCGUCAUGGAGACAACACUCCCAAAGAUUGCCAACCAGAUACAUUCAUACUUGAGUCAAGCGCACAGUGCCAAUCCCGAGACGCUUCCGUCUGCCAGGAGCAAAAAGCAGAAACUCUGGGAUCAGUCUCUUUCGGAAGCUGAGUCAUCUAUCGCGUACAUGGGAUCGACAGGCUGGCAAGUGGACCCAGAUGACAAGGCGCAGCUCGAACAAGCAGUAGAACGAUCACAUACACUAUUGCCCAAAAAGUCGGAGAAAGCGGUUCAAAAGAUCGAAGCGGCCUUCCUUCUCGAUGAUUAUUCGGGAUACUACGACAACACCACUUUCAACGAGACGAGAAUCGGCGAUUUGGAAGAACAUCUCGAACACAAACUCGCGGAGGUUGCCCAUCAGAAGUUUGUGCUGGAUGACGGAUGGAAAAAGAUAACUGGUUUUCCGGUGGACUAUGUGCAAAUCGAGCAGGAGAUGAAUGAGGAGGCGGAGGCGGAGGCGGUACAGGGGAGCCAGCAGUCAGUGGCAACACUAUCGGGCUAUGGGAUUCCUCAGGAUAUACUCUUCCAGCCUAGAGCCCUCGAAUUCACAGAGCAAAAGCUUCAAAGGCUACAGGACACUUUCGAGUACUCCUCAGACAUCAGCGCAUAUCGUCCUUCGGCCGCGCAAUCCCAUGUCAAAAAUAUAAUUACACUCAAGAGCGACGCCGUGUCGCAGCUAGAUGCGUUCCUGAAAGCAAAGGCCGACCAAGUCGACAGCAAAGACGUUCCAAGGUCGCAAUUGUUGGACCUUUACGAGAGCAAAAAGAGAAGCCUGACAGGAGAUCGAGAGAGUAGACUGAAGAGUGCUCGAAUGACGACUGCACUAUCUCGCUAUACCGAUAUAGAGAGGAAAUGGGAGAAUCUUACUAAAAGUGCAGCUGAUCGUAUUCUGCAGAAAGUGGCAGAUGCCAGAGACCGCCUCGAACAGAUCAGCCAGGAGACUCAAGACAUACAAGAUCAAUCAAGAUAUUGCAGAGCACAGUCCGAUUUUGCAACUAUCAACGCUUUGAUCAAUGAGUCCUUCCAGCCAGCGUUCGACAGUAAAGCCUCCAAAAAGUCUUGGCUGAAUGAGAUUCAGAAGGACAGGACACAUGCGAAGAGCUCUCUCGAAAAGUCUUGGAGGCUCCCUAGAGCUGCUAGUGAACCAUCCCUAGCGACGGUCAAGGAAGGCGUUCAGACCUUGAUGAUUGAUGAGUCGCUAGAGAUUAUCGAGCCCUCUCUUAGUUUGGGCAAAGAAGCGGAGCAAGAAACAGCUACAGCACGCCCGUGGAAGUCCAGGUUCAACUGGGCAGAUGAAGUUGAGGGAGACGCUGAUACCACGUUUGACGAAGAAUUAAAGGAAUGGCUGGCAGCAGAAGCACAGAGAAACGGCCGAGAAACUGCUGCUGUCGCUUCUACCCCUGCGUCAGAGCUGCAUGAGGCGGAGCCAGCCACCAGCAAUGUCUCGGCGCCAGUAGUCACCACCAACCGAUGGAUGAGGUCGGAUGGCAAAAGCGCUGCUCAGUAUCUAUACGAGAUGUCCCGAGCAAGCAGACGCUGA